CGUCAGCUCGAGUGGACCGAAGGAUUAGGAUUUUAUGUAGUCCCGCGGACUAUAGAAGGAGAUGGGCAUCUAACUUCCCCUCCUACCACAAGCUGCCGUCUCUCAUUCUCCCCUCUCUCGCGGACUGAAGUGCAAGCUUCUCUUCUUUUUUCAGAACCCUGAUGAAGAAGGAUACUGCAACUGUUAUUUCUGUCGAUCACACAUUUGAGAAACUCCCAGACCACCUCCUGAUAGAGAUAUUCAUCCGAGUUCCUAUCUCCGAAUGGGCUCAGAUAUCCUGCGUAAGGAAGCAAUGGGCUGCUUUAUUUCGAGGAGAAUGCUUGUGGCAGACUGCUCUUAUCAGGACCUGGCCCUUGGCGGGCCAGGCAAAACGAUGGCCUGGGCCUAUUCCUCAAGGUCUGAGCAGAAGGAGAUAUACAGCUCUAUAUGUUAGUAAACACGUUUUUGCAGUUGAUGAUGAGAUUGAUGAGCUUGUCGGUCAUGCUUAUUUGUUUUUAAAGGAGCAGCUUGAGCUUUCAACAAUGCCGCCUCCUUCUGGGAUACUUCAUGGAACUAUGAUCGAUCAGUUCAUCACUUGUGGAAAAUCAAGAGAUAAGGCCCAUGAGCUUGCUUCACAAAUCUGGCUAGCCGUGAUCAACAAUUUGGAAGAGAAUGAGCGCACGUUCCUGUUGCUAAAGCGACUUACGCAAGAGGGAGAUCUUUUCCUUCCAUACCCCUACUCAAGAUCAUACAGGGUCCAGUGGAGGGUAUUUGAGAAGCUUUUCACAGAUUUCCGUGACUGUUUCAAUUGCGAGGAUUACUAUGAUGUAUUGGCAUGCGCCAAAUCCAACUUUCAGCCGAUACCAUCUGCCUGGAUAUACUUCAGAUUGCUUGGAGAACAUAAAUUUCGGCCCACUCUCAGCCCCAUUUGAUUUCCGGCCUCGGCAAGGUCAUCUAACAAUGUAUGGAAUGUUCUUGAUCCAGCAUGCACCGGUGAAAAAGCAGCACAUGUGCUUAUUAGAUAUAUGACUAUGGACGUUGGAUUUCUGUGGG